AGUAGAUAAAGAUGUUGCUAUAACCAAAGAGGCGAAACCCGCAUGAUUUGGAACGUGACCUUCGACCCCUGACCCCAGAUCAAAAGUGAUGACAGAACACACUAUUCCAAAUCUACUGGACUAUAACAAGUCGUGUCAAGCUUUCUCCUCUGUAUUAUCCAGACACAGGGAGUCUUACGUCAAGACUGAGGAAAUCUCCAAACUUCAGAGUGACCUGGAACGGCUGUUGGCGGACGCCGAAAAGAGAUUAGCUUGGCUUCAAUCAGAAAACGAAGGCAUAGACUCUUCAGAUAAGGGUAUAAGUAGCGACAGCAGUGAUUCUCAGUGUACUUCUUCCAACUCACCUAAACACAAAGCGGGCUGCAAGAGGGGUCCGGGAAGGCCUCAAGUCAACGAUAGAAUUAAAAACAUGAAACUCUCGAGCAGACUCUUUAAGAACAAAGUCAAGAAACCCGAGCAGCCUCCAGUCGACAAAGCACCCCCUAUCAUAUCAGAUCGUCCCCACCAAUUCUGGCAGUCAUUAGACGCCUGGUGUUCUGACAUAACAUCAGACGACAUGGACAGCUUACAAGAGCUCCUCAAGUCUCAGGACUACGAUGACGAGUACUUUAAAGUUCCAGCGUUGGGUACCCAUUAUUCUCAACGCUGGGCUAUGGAGGACCUGUUAGCAGAGCAGAGAGAAGGUUCAGAGCCUCAUGGGAGAAAUAACGAGAUUUCUAAUAUUACACCAGCUACAAUAGCUCAGCUUGAUAACAAACCUGGCAAUGCAAACAAGACUCUAGGUCCGUUGACGGAAAAGCUUCUCUCAGCUCUUAUCGAAGAGGGAGUUUGCUCCAGGAGUGGCGAUGAUCUAGACGAAAUAGAAGAAAUCACCUCGCCUAAAAAUGAGCCAGGUACUAGCAGUUUAACCACGUCUCACGUCGAGAGUAGAGUCAGGGAGGAGCUGAUACAAUUAGGAAUAUUGGAUGACAGCGAGGGAGAAAGCGAGGACGAGGUUCUGUCGGAGUUGUUAUCAAAACAACAGGAACUGAGGGACCUGGUGGAUUAUAACCGGACACAGCUCGGUCUCCUCUAUGAUACUGCUCUAAUGCAUAUGAAGCAGCAAGACAUCCGGCACAAGAUAGACGAGAUUGAUGAGGAGGUGUGUGAUACGUAUCGUAACUUCAUGCUAAAAAAACACAAGAAAAUACCGUACAACAAGAAGGAAAAGGAGCAAGCUAACAAACUUUUGCAAAAUAGAGAAGAACUCAAUAAAAUGUUGAUGGAGAAUUCCUUUCUCACUUGAUGAUCGUAUAGGAAUUCAAUUCAUUGUGAAAUUCAAAAUGUUCGCCGAAAUAAAGGUGUAUGAGGUACAACAAUGAAGUAGAACGUAAUGGUGGUCAAAAUUGUGAAGAUGAUGUUGAGUUUACAGUAAUGCAGUACGAACUAUUGUAGAGCAUUUUUGGUUUUAUUUUAAACAAUUGUUCACCGUUUUAUUAUCCUUAAUUUUGAUUUGUUUUGGGAGUUUUUUUAUGAAUUAAUCAUAAUGUCUGUAACUGGAUUUCAAAAGCGCUUUAUGUUAAACUAGUUUACCCGUGUG